AUGACAGAAGCUACGAACUUCACCUCUGUCAAGGAAUUCAUCUUGCUGGGACUCACCAGCCAGAGAAAAAUCCAACUUCUCCUCUUUGGGGUCAUUCUCAUCAUCUACUUGCUUACAGUUUUGGGGAACGUGCUAAUCAUCAUAUUGGUGCAGGCAGAUGUAACACUCCAGACACCCAUGUAUUAUUUUCUUUCCCAACUUGCAGGGGUAGAUAUCUGCUAUGUCACCAGCACCAUGCCUCUCAUAUUGACUCAGCUCCUGACUGGAGAUGGAGCCAUUUCUUUAGCAUUCUGCAUGAUCCAGAUGUACAUCGCCUUGGCCACAGGUAUUGUUGAGGCUCUCCUGUUGGGGGUGAUGGCCUAUGACCGCUACCUGGCCAUCUGCCGCCCAUUACUUUACCCUGUUCUCAUGGGCAAACAGUGCCAGUUGCAGUUCACUUUAGCUUGCUGGAUCACUGCUCAUCUGAUCUGUGUGAUUUGUAUUGUCUGUGCUGUUUGCCAAAACUAUUGUGGUCCCAAUCUGAUCAAUCACUUCAUAUGUGAAUUGCCGAUGGUGUUGAGACUUGCUUGUAGCGAUACAAGUAUUAUUGAGGACUUCAUUUUUGGUAUAGGCUCAUUUGUCCUUCUGGGUCCCCUUACUUUUAUAUUGACCUCCUAUGGAUUUAUUCUUCACUCUGUGUUACGAAUGAAAUCAGGUGUGGGGAGAGUUAAGGCAUUCUCUACCUGUGUCUCCCAUCUCCUUGUAGUCUCCUUAUUUUAUGGCCCUUCUGUCUGCGUGUAUCUGCUUUCAAAGACUGAUUCAGCAUCUAAUCGUGAUAAACAAAUUGCAGUCUCUUACGUUGUGAUCACACCUCUUCUCAACUCUAUCAUUUAUACUCUGCGAAACAAGGACAUUCAUAGGGCAAUAGCCAAGAUUUUGUAA